AUGGAGAUUAGUUAUAACAAGCUAGUUGUUUUGACAACUGAUUAUGAUAGAAAGGUGCAAGAGAAUAAUCAAGAUUGUGCAUGUAAAAGAAGUUUGUCAGAAUGUAAGGAUACAGAUAACACUGAUAAA